UUUCAGCCACGUGCUGUGAGCGACGCCAACCUUUUUCUUAUUACAAACUGAUGGAUUUUCCAUAUCUCAAAUAAGAGUAUUGAAGUUGUAAAAUCAUCAAGUUAGUUCCUAUUAUAUCUUCUCCGCUGAUACAUCUGUAUUAUUCACCUCGAUUUCUCCCAAGUUAAAUACUGAUAAAUUAACAGGUCAGCCACACGUGUGCAAGAAGGUUAAACUUUCUUCGUAAAAAGAAACUGUAAUGUAAUUUUUCCUUUGUGUACAAUAGAUUUGAAACAGAUCUGUAUUCAUGAAGAGUGACUGCACACAAAAUACAACAUGUCAAGAAAGAAAAAAAGAUCCAAUAGAAAUGUUGCAUUCUGGGCAGCUGGUAAAAGUCUGUGCCCCAAUGGUUCGAUAUUCAAAGUUGGCUUUUAGAACACUAGUAAGAAAAUACAGUUGUGAUCUGUGCUAUACACCAAUGAUAGUUGCUGCUGAUUUUGUCAGAUCCAUAAAAGCCAGAGACAGUGAAUUUACCACAAACCAAGGUGAUUGCCCAUUGAUUGUUCAGUUUGCUGCUAAUGAUGCAAGACUUUUAUCUGAUGCUGCUCGUAUAGUCUGUCCUUAUGCGAAUGGAAUAGACAUUAACUGUGGUUGCCCUCAGAGGUGGGCAAUGGCAGAAGGUUAUGGAGCUUGCUUAAUAAACAAGCCAGAACUUGUUCAAGAUAUGGUGAAACAAGUAAGAAAUCAAGUGGAAAACCCCAGAUUUUCCGUAUCUAUUAAAAUAAGGAUCCAUGAUGACCUUACAAGAACUGUAGAUCUUUGUCGAAAGGCUGAAGCAACAGGAGUUUCCUGGAUUACAGUCCAUGGAAGAACUGUUGAAGAAAGACAUCAGCCAGUGCACUAUGAGGCCAUUAAAAUAAUUAAGGAAAACAUGUCUAUACCUGUAAUUGCUAAUGGAGACAUCAGAAGCUUAAAAGAAGCAGAAAAUGUGUGGCAUAUUACUGGGACAGAUGGUGUGAUGGUCGCAAGAGGACUUUUAGCAAACCCGGCCAUGUUUGCUGGAUAUGAGGAAACCCCACUGAAAUGCAUCUCGGACUGGGUUGACAUUGCUCUUGAACUUGGAACUCCUUAUGUGUGUUUUCAUCAACAUUUAAUGUACAUGAUGGAAAAGAUAACUUCAAGGCAGGAAAAACGAGUAUUUAACGCUUUGUCAAGCACAUCAGCAGUCUUAGAUUACCUUACAGACCAUUAUGGGAUUUGACUGGACUUCCUAAAUUAUUUUAAUAUAUACUUCAUUUUAUAUCUACAGUGAAACCACCCAAGAUGGUUUAAAGGUUUUACUUUAAAUCAGUGGCUCUCAAACAUUAGUUUAAAAACAGUACCCUGAGAGCAUUUUUAAAAGUCAGUCCUAGACUCCAUCCUCAGAGAUUCUGAUUCAGUACAUCUCAAGGAUGGACCCAAAAUUUACAGUUUUAGAAAAUACCCCAGGUGGUUCAAACAUCCUAGUCAUCCUAGGUCCAAACGUUGACAUUGUUCUGAAUCCUAUUGUGGAUGUUAAAAAAGUAAGAAAUUUUUUCCUAAAGGAAUCGUGUUUUUAACAUUUUUAAAUAAAUGAAACUUUUUAAUACUAAAAGUAUGGCUCAUAGCAUCUGUAAGUUAACAUGAAGUAUGUUUUUAAUGAUAGUAAGUGCAGAGAAGUGACAGAACAAAUGCCAACAUCUGUAUAAAAUUAAAAGGAACAAGAAAUUCUGUAUAGAAUCGCAUUCAGGGCUUCAAUUAAAAAUUCAA